GAGGAAUUUGAAAAGAAGUUGAAUGAAGUGGCGAACGUGGAAGCAGGGAAGAGCAGCUGCAGCGCGCCAAUGUCUCGCCUCGGUUUCUUCUUUUAUCCUCACAAUAUCCCACCGCUUAGUCCCCUCUCAUUUCGCCUUCUCUAUCUCUUCCUCUCCUUUUCCACAAACAAUCACCAAAACAACAAUCUGGGUCAUCUUCUGUGGAUUUUGCCAUCUGGGUAAUCUUUAUCCGAUCAAAAAGGAAAAGGAUUUUGAAAAUUUUCGGUUCUUGGCGAUCAAUGCGAAGUGGGUUCCUGAACUGGGGCAAGGGAGUCGCCGCAGCGGCUUCUUCGUUGGCGGUCUUCUUUUAAUCUUUUCAGAUGGAAUGGCAGAUCCAGCUGGUUAUGGGAAUUCUGAGCGUGACAUUGAGCAAGCACUUGUUGCUUUGAAAAAAGGGACUCAGCUUAUUAAGUAUAGCCGGAAAGGGAAACCAAAAUUUCGUUCAUUCAGACUUUCUCCAGAUGAGACAGCAUUGAUUUGGUACUCACAUGGAGAAGAGAAGACUCUAAAUUUAGCUUCUUUUACACGAAUAAUUUCAGGACAGAGAACUGCUGUGUUUAGAAGAUAUUUGCGCCCAGAAAAGGAGUACUUAUCAUUUUCACUUAUAUAUAACAACGGAGACAGAUCUCUUGACUUGAUCUGCAAGGACAAAGCUGAGAUAGAGGUUUGGUUUGCUGGCCUUCAGUCAUUGAUCCGACGAAAUCGUAAUAGACGAACUGGGAGUGAUUUUACUGAUCUACAAGAUGGUGAUCUCUCUCAAAAUGGUCAUUAUGGUCCAACCAUAGAGUUGAGUAAUAGCAUUGCCUGUGAUAGAUUAUCUAUUGAUUUGGCAAGCUCAGAUGUGGGGUCAGAACGUGCAAAUAUGCAGCUGAGGGCAAGUGGUGCAGAUGGUUUCAGAAUUAGCGUUUCAAGCACUCCUAGCUGUUCGAGUGCUGGAUCUGGUCCAGAUGACAUAGAAUCAUUAGGUGAUGUUUACUUGUGGGGAGAGGUAUGGUCUGAUGGAGUUACACCUGAUGGGUCCGGGAGCUCACUCCCUUCUAAAGUUGAUGUGUUGACUCCCAAGCCCCUAGAAUCAAAUGUAGUCCUUGAUGUUCAUCAAAUUGCUUGUGGUUUUAGACAUGUUGCUCUUGUAACUAGGCAAGGUGAGGUUUUCACAUGGGGGGAGGAAUCAGGGGGGAGACUUGGUCAUGGAACUGAAAAAGAUUUUAGUCGCCCCCAUCUUGUUGAGUUCCUGGCAGUUAUUAACGUAGAUUCUGUGUCAUGUGGUGAGUAUCACACAUGUGCUGUAUCCACAGCAGGUGAUUUGUUUACAUGGGGUGAUGGUGCCCAUAAUGCUGGAAUCCUUGGUCAUGGCACGGAUGUUAGUCACUGGGUACCAAAAAGAAUUUCUGGUCCUUUAGAAGGACUCCAAGUUUUAUCUAUUGCAUGUGGCACGUGGCAUUUAGCUUUGGCAACUUCAAAUGGAAAACUAUUUACAUUUGGGGAUGGAACAUUUGGGGUUCUAGGUCAUGGGGAUCGAGAAAGUGUUGCAUAUCCAAAGGAAGUUCAAAUUUUAAGUGGACUAAAGACUGUUAAAGUUGCAUGUGGAGUGUGGCAUACUGCAGCUAUUGUUGAGGUUAUAAGCCAGACUGGUGCAAAUAUGUCAUCAAGAAAGCUGUUUACCUGGGGUGAUGGUGACAAACACCGCUUGGGUCAUGGAAACAAGGAAACUUAUUUACUUCCAACCUGUGUGUCUUCACUUAUUGAUUACAAUUUCCACCAGCUAGCAUGUGGACAUAUGAUGACUGUUGCUCUUACUACUUCAGGUCAUGUCUUCACCAUGGGUGGCACUGCAUAUGGUCAGCUUGGCAACCCAAGUUCUGAUGGAAAGUUACCUUGUUUGGUACAAGAUAGACUGGUAGGUGAAUUUGUUGAAGAAAUUUCUUGUGGAGCAUACCAUGUUGCUGUUCUGACUUCAAGAAGUGAAGUAUUCACUUGGGGUAGAGGUGCCAAUGGGAGACUGGGACAUGGUGACACAGAAGAUCGGAGAACUCCAACAUGGGUUGAAGCUCUCAAGGACAAGCAUGUCAAAAAUAUAUCAUGUGGUUCAAAUUUCACUUCCAGUAUAUGCAUCCAUAAGUGGGUCUCUGGUGUUGACCAGUCAGUUUGCUCUGGCUGCCGGCAGGCCUUUGGUUUUACUAGAAAGAGGCACCACUGUUACAAUUGUGGGCUGGUGCAUUGUCAUGCUUGCAGUUCCAAGAAAGCAUUGAAAGCAGCAUUAGCUCCAACCCCAGGCAAACCCCAUCGUGUAUGUGAUGCUUGCUAUGCAAAACUUAAAGCUGUUGAAGCUGGGAAUGCUUCUAAUAAUAUCAAUAGGAAAAUGACUAAUGUCCGAGAUGCUAGGGACCGAAUGGACAGGGGAGAGAUACGGUCCUCUAGGCUUUUGCUGUCUCCCACCUUGGAACCAAUCAAAUAUCUUGAGAUCAAGACAGGGAAACCUGGGACCAGACUUGAUUCUCCUUCAAUCCAAACUUCACAAGUUCCUUCUAUUUUACAGCUUAAAGAUAUUGCAUUUCCGACUUCACUGAGUGCUCUUCAAAAUGCUUUUCGGCCUGUUAAUCCUCCACCAACACCCCCUGCACCUCCAUCCCCUAUUAACUCAAGAUCUACUUCACCAUACAGGAGACCAAGUCCCUCACGAACUGCUACUCCAGCAUUUUCUAGGACUGUUAUUGAAAGCCUGAGGAAGUCAAAUGAGCUUUUGAAUCAAGAAGUCUCAAAAUUGCAAAAUCAAAUUAGAAGUUUGAGGCAGAAAUGUGACACACAAAACAUUGAAGUUCAGAAAAUGCGGAAAAAUGCUCAAGAAACUGCUUUAUACAAUGCAGAGAAAUCAUCCAAAUACAAAGUGGCCAAGGAAAUUUUGAAGUCCAUCACAGAUCAGUUGAAGGAAAUGAGAGACAAGUUCCCUCCUGAGGUUUCUGAAAAUGAAACUUUCAGAGAAGCUGAAGAAUUCUUGAAGGAGAAUGGAACAUCGAAAGCUUCUUCUGAAGCAUCAGCAAACUUGGAGGGUUCUCAAUUGCAAGAGCAGAGGACACAGGAGAAUGUAGAUGCUACUGGAGCAAGUGCCCUGCCUAAUGCUGUUGGAAGUUCUAAUGUAACUGAGGUUGUAUCCCAACAAAGCUCACAAAAUGAAACAGGAUUAUCAGAAGCUUCAAUAACCAGGGGUGGAGAAAAGGAACUUAUUGAACAAUUUGAACCUGGUGUAUAUGUCACUUAUGUUCAACACCAAAGUGGCAGGAAGAUCUUCAGACGAAUUAGAUUCAGCAAACGAAGAUUUGAUGGGCACCAAGCAGAAGAAUGGUGGAACAAAAAUAAAGAUAGGCUGCUGAAGAAGUACAGUCCACAUAAAACAGGCACUGCUCAAACUGAAUCAUCCUCUUCUCAACCAUUCACAGAAGAAACCAAGGAGGCAGGACUAUCAGUGCAAGCGGAAACCUAGUUUCACAACUUUGUCUCAUUCUGCUGCUGUGGAAGCAGCAAUAUGAUUCUACUAGUAAGGGAUACAUCUUUUUCCAAAACAAAUUAGGUAAGAAUCUUUUUGUCAGAAAUCUAGGACACAAUAAUUCCUGUUCAGUGUUCACUGAGAAAUCCACAUUUCUGGUGGAGGGAAAAGGGUGAUUGUGAAGAUUUUGUUAUCUUAGAAGAAAAUUUACAUUUAACUUUUUGUACUCUUUUUAUCCCUUUUUGCAUCUGCUGUUCACUUUGUUGUUCUCAAAUGUCUAUUGAAACAUGUUAGUUAACCAUCCGUUGUAGUUGUACAGUAGAUAAAGAUUAUUUCAUUUU